AUGGCGACAAUUAAGUUGUUAGAUGAGUCACUAGUUGAGAGUAAAUUCUCUGGGGCCAAGGCCACACAGGAUAGCAUACAGGCUGUGGCUCUCUGGAUGCUCAAUCAAAAACUACAGUGUGAUCAGAUUGUUGGUAUGUGGCUUAAAGUCUUAAAAACAACUAAAAUAGAACGUAGACUUACAUUAUUCUAUAUCUGCAAUGAGAUUGUUCAGACCUGUAGAAGAAAUCAUGCUCUAGUUUAUAAAGAUGCAUUUAAAGAGGUGCUCAAGGAUGCUGCCCUACUUGUUCGGUAUGUUUACAACACAACUGUGGAAGCGUCUAAAAGUAAACUUCUAUCAGAGUUUAAGAAGAGGAAAAAGUUGACCACUUUCAACGCCGACAUCAACAUGCAACAGAUCUCUAAACUCAUCAAAGAUCGGCAGCAAGGCAAGCAGUACAUCCAUCAAAUCGAAGACAACCACGAAAGCCUCUCACAGUACAUCGAGGGCGGCCAGACACUAAUCACAGAUCGAGUCGCUUUAAUUGACCAGCUAGAAUGCGCCAUGUUGUACUAUAGUGAUCAGUAUAAAGAUGCCAGGAUUGUUACUAAUGCAUACAAACACUUCAGCGGUAGAGUGAAAGCAAUAAAGAAAAAACUGGAUGAGCAAAUAAAAAUCCUUCCUCCUCCCAUGAGUCCUUUGGGAUCGCCUUGCUCCUCACCACCUGUUCCGGAUUUUAUUCCCCCAUUACCACCCGAUACAGCAACUACUACAGCAGCUGCUACAGCAGCCACGACAGCAGCUACGACAGCAGCUGUUGGUAGCUGCAGUAAGGAUGAUAUGGAGUUAGUAGAUAUGGACGUCUCAGAUGGGGAAACUGAGAAUGAUAAUAAUGGUAGUGCUGCUGCUAAAACUGUAGCAGCAGCAGUAGUAGCAGCAGUAACGACGGCGUCUUCAUCGACGUCAGCGACAGCACUUCGAGAUGAGCUGAACACCCUACAACAUCAGCAGCAUCUUAUACAUCAGUUAUUCUACCAACAACAACAACCACCUCCACCACAACAGCAGCAACGAUUGCAACAUCAACAGCAGCAGCUGUCAUUCAUAGGCGGCUUCAGAAACUUGAACACAUUCACCGACCCACUUUUACUGAAAAUUAACCCUAAUUUGGGGGCGCACUUCUCCGAGAUCACCCCGACGCACCAUCUCGCCCCUUUCCUACCCCCACCACCCCCUCCCGAUGACGAUGAUGACGUCACGGUCGCAAACGGCAAUGGUAGGACCAAAGAAUCAACAGUCGGUAAUGGCAUGGAUGUUAAAAUUAAUUCCACGAAAGCUGCUAUCAACCCUGUCAUUAAUGAUAAUCUUAAUACUGGUAGUAUUGUUACUGCUUGUAAUAGUAGUGAUAACCAUACUACUACUACUACUAACAAUAAUAAUCAUAAUAAUAAUGACAAUAAUAAUAAUAAUAAUAGUGAAACUAUUGCUACUAAAAAGGUUCUACUGCCAUCACCCCAGAUGACGUCAGCAGCAGCAGCUUGCACCAUUGCCACGUCAUCGUCUACGUCAUCAUCGUCUACGUCAUCAUCGUUAUCACUAGCAACGUCAUCAUCAUCAUCAUCAUUACUACCACCCCCACUUCCUCCUAUAUUGUUGACAUUGUCAUCGUCAUCUCUGUCGUCAUUAUCCCCGUUCCCAUCAUCAUCAGCCACGUCGGCUUCAUCAUCAGCGUCGUCGUCGUCAUCAUCUGCAGCAGCAGCAUCAUCAUCAUCAUCAUCGCUAUCGUCAUCAUCAUCAGCAUCAUCCGUGAAUUUAGAUCCAAUGUCACUGUUGAAAAAAUUCCUGGCACAUAAUCAAACUACUGAGGCCGUUCAGCAACGAAAUGACUAUUGUGUUAGUGAUGCUAGCAACACCGAAGUGAUGCCUUCAAAUGCUAAAUUACCCAAUAUUCUGGGUCAAGUCAAGAAUAAUACUGACCCAAUUAACUCCUUAGUUCAUGAUGAAAACAAUAGUUGUCGUGAUGACCAUGAUGGGGUGAUGGUGAGCAGAUCGAAAUUGUCAGAUGUCCUUGGCCAGCCCAUGAACAAUACUAAUCUAAUAAAUACCUUUAUAAAUAAUAAUAAUAACAAUACCAACAACAACAAUAAUAAUAAUAAUGAUGUGUUUGCCAGUAAUGUUAGCAAUGAUGUACUGGCUACCUCUAAAUUAUUAAGCUUAUUUGAUCAGUAUAAGAAUAAUAAUAACUUAAGUAGCAGUUUUUUGAGUAGUAAUAAUAAUAAUAAUAAUAAAAUCAGUAAUGAUAAUAGUUAUAUUAAUAAUUCUGCUGCUGCUGCUACAGUUACCACUUUGAGCAACUUUACUGACGGCAAUACUACUCUACCUCCACCUGUUAUUAAUAAUGUUAGUUGUGGGGCCGGCCGUAGCAGUACUAAUAAAUCGUUAAGUGGUAUAGUCGUUGAACCUUCCUUGAUUUCAAAGGUUACAAAGUUGAAGCCAGAUGUCUUUGAUGUCUUGAAGAAUAUUCUAGAUUCUACGAAAAAAUUAAAUAACAACAACAAUAAUAAUAUUAACAAUAGUAGUAAUAGUAGUAGUAAUAAUAAUAAUAAUAAUAAUAGUGCAAGGAAUCAUCAACUUUCUGAAGCCAAAGUGUACAACGCUGUCAGCAGUCUGGGAAGAGGAAGUAGUUUUAAAGAUUACGACAAUGACGUCACCGCCGAUGAUUAUGGCGGUCGCAGCGAUGAUAGUUACGACGAUCGCCCGUACGCGCCUAGAGCUGUUACCUUUGAUUACGGACACAAUAGCAAAGUCGCCCAUAGUAAUAAUAAUAAUGAUAAUGUGGGUGGAGAUAAUGAUGAGGAUGAUAAUAGCGGCUUUGUUUAUCAUAAUAAUGAUAAUAUUUUUGAUAAUUUUAAUAAUGAUGAUGAUGACAACGGUUUGGAUGACUGCGAUGGACAGGAGGAGGAGGGGGUGAACAUCUCACCCCCUAAGGUCGUCCCGCCCGGUGGCCCACUCUUCGCGCCGAAGUUAUUUUUAGAAAUGUAUUUAAAGAAUAAGCAGGCACCCGAUAGUGAUGGCGAUGUCGCUUGUGACGCUACUGCAGAUGAAGAAAAUGAUGACGCCGGUGAUGACGAUGAUUACAAUCCAGUUGAAAAGAAACCCAAAAUGUUUGUCGGCGAUUCACAGCAAGUUAUCGGUGAAGAUAACAAGAAUGAUGACGAUGAUGAGAAUUAUGAAGGUGACGAUGUGGCCAAUGAUGAGGGUGUAGAAGUGGCUGAUGACAUGCACCUGAACGAUGGAGAUGGCAUCUUGCAAAAUAUUCCUGCCUAUCACUUCCCGAACGAUGACUUCAUCGCCAACUGCAACAACAACGUCAUCACGCGACCAAACCUUCCCGUACAACAACGCCAGCGAUUCAAUCACCGGCCGCCAUUUGUCAACUGCUCAAGUAGGCCUCCUUUCUCUCCAAAUGAACAAAUGCCUGGCAGGAUGAUGAUGAGGCCCAACUUUCCUAACUUCCUUCGCGGACGUGGACCCCAGAGGCCGCCAUUUUUUCCUCCCAGGGGUGGUCCAAUGAUGAGGGAAAGGUUUGUGACGGCCCCUUUCUUUAAUGGCAGGCCGAGGUUUCCAAGGGAACAGUUGUCACGUGGGCUUCCGCCCAGAAGAUUCUUUCCAAGAUAAUGAUUUUUAUAAAUUUAAAAAUAUCAUUCAAAAUGCUUUUUUUAUGCGAUUGGAUUGUUUAUUUUUUAAAGUCGUUUUGUUUUCUGAUGUUUGUAUUGUUUGUAUGUUCAUCUGUUCGGAUGUGAACCCGUUCGCGGUGAUUCAAUUCUUAUCAUUUCAUACGUUUGUAUAUAUGGCGUUCCUCUGUUCAUAACUCUCUCCUCCGAAUUCUUGACAGUUUCUGAACGGUUAUUUUAAAGAUUCUUGUUAAUUAUUUUUUGAGAAGAUUUGAAAUAUACUAUUUAAUUAAAAUGGCGCAUAUUUU